AGCCUCAAGAGCCCAGAACAGAGACUGCAACACAGAAACCAUUUUCAAGAGACCAUGCAGCCAGGGCAGUGUUAAGGAGAAGACAUGUAUUGAGUUCUGCUGUGCUGACAGUAUUGCUGUGAGGAAAUAUUUUGAUCGACAGCAAAGUGACAGAGUGCAGUGCACAUAAAGCAUCUAAUUUUUUUCACCAGAUGAUUUCUGAUCCUUAUGGACUGUCUAUCAACAACCAAAUAUUUUCCCAGGAUUGCACAAAACAGUUGUGGCAGAGAUGUCCUACCUAUUAAUGGAUGAAGGCUAUUUUAAACACUUCAAGACAUUUCUGCAAAAAUUCUAAUGGACUUCGGCAUGGCUUAGCUAAGGUGUUGGUCACUGCAAAUUAUCUGUUAUUGUGUACUACUAAGAGGCAACUAACUCCACUUGGAAUAGCGUCAAGGUAGCACAGGUAUAUCAAGAUGACAGAUCCUAUGAUGGACUUCUUUGAUGAUGCUACCCUCUUUAGUGAUACCUUAGAAGGCUUAUCAGAUGAUGCCUUUGUGCAAACUGGACCUGUUUCACUUGUUGAUGAAUUGAACUUGGGUGCAGAGUUUGAGCCUUUACACAUCGACUCAUUAAACCAUGUGCAGGAAACACAGACUCGGCAAAAGAUGAAUGACUUUGAACAACUGAAUCAGUAUGAUUCACUGAAACUUCAAGUAAGUCAGUCCUUCAGCAGUUCAUCUGAACAUGUUUUGUCACCACACUCUGAGUUUAAUUGCUCACCUAUUCACCCCCAAAGCCAAACCAAUGGGUUGUUUCCUGAUGUGGCAGAUGGAAGCCCAAUGUGGGGACACCAAACCUCCAGCAGUGUUUCUAAUCAGAACGGGUCCCCCUUUCACCAAGGACAUUCACAGUCUAUGCAGCAAAAUAAAGGUUUUGUAGCACAUCACGAUUUUGCCUUAUAUCAGGCCAGCGAACAGCACCGUCCAUGUACCUCACUACCAUCCCAGCAAAGCAGAAAUGGCAUCAAUACAGAAGAGGACAGUCACAAUCAGACAGAAAACUUCAUGGAAGUUAAUGCUUCUAUACCACAUAGAACUAAUGUCCCCCAUCCACCUCAAGCUGCUAAUCUAUCAAGCUCACAAGAGUCUAUCUCUGUUCGGUCAUUUUCUCAGAAUUCAGCUGAAUCACCUCACUUCUGUGAGAAUCAAGAAGGGAACUUUGAUGCACACUCUCCUACUAUAACACCAAGCUCUGUUGUUAAUACCCAAUUUUCACCUCCUUUUUCCUACUCCAGUAACCACAUCUCUCCCAACAGCCUUCUACAGUCUUCUACGGCUCUUUCUGUUACUCAGCAAACACAUGCGCUCUCUGACUUUCCUGGGAGUGAUGCCUUUUCAUCCCGAAGAGGGACCAAACAAGAAAAUACAGAUAACAUUCUUAAUUCAAGUGCAUCAUUGAAUUCAGAUAAUUUCCAUGUGUUGCAUCCAGCACAUCCUCAGGGCAACUUCAGUAGUUCAAAACUAUCUGUGGUGAACAUUAAUUUUUCUACCCCAGCUGGCUCUGGUCCUCAGCUGAGCCAUUUUAGUGAUCCUAUAGAAGGUAACGGUUUUUCGUCUUUGGAUGAGAACUUGCUUCAUCAAGUCGAGUCUCAAGCUGAAUCAUUUACAGAACUUGAUCCAGAAACUCUACUUCAGGAAGAUCUUCUUCCACAGUUUGACGAAACUGCAUUUGUUCAGGAUAACUCAAGCAACGAGUUAGAACAUCACCUAGAGCACCGUGUUGUUUCACAAAUAGUGCAGCCUUCACAUCACGCUCAGACUCAGUCUCAAAACUGCAGUCAUCCCUGGUAUCCUUCCAGUUCUACUCAUCAUCUGCAAGAGCGAAAGCGUAUAAAUGCUCAAGGACAGCCUCCUUCCACAAAGAAAGCAGAUGGUUCUGGGACAUAUGCUAAGCUGCAGAAUACCCAGGUGAAAUUUGUGUCUGAGAAGAAGCAGAAAAAAAAAGUGGAAUCUGAAAGUAAGCAGGAGAAAGCUAACCGCAUAAUAUCUGAGGCCAUAGCAAAAGCAAAAGAAAGAGGUGAGCGAAACAUUCCGCGAGUAAUGAGUCCGGAAAACUUCCCCAGUGUUUCAUCAGAAGGAAGAGAAGAAAAAAAAGGCAGAAAAAUUAAAUCCAAACCAAAAGAUAAAGAAAGCAAAAAGCCCAAGACUGGCUCAUCUUCAAAAACUAAAGAGAGAGCAAAGAUUGGCAAGCUUAUUAUUACUCUGGGCAAAAAGCAGAAGAGGAAAAAUGAAUCUUCAGAUGAAAUGUCUGACACUAAGCAGACUACCCAGCAACCAUUCAAAAAUGAGACCUCUCAGAAAAGAAGAUCAAAUCGACAAAUUAAACGGAAGAAAUAUGCAGAAGAAGGCGAAGGGAAACAAUCUGAAGAAGAAGCCAAAGUUUCAGUGAAAAUAAAAAAGAACCCUGCCCCUUUGCCUGCUGAGCAGCCUUUACAGUUAUUUGUAGAAAACCCAAGUGAAGAAGAUGCAGCAAUUGUAGAUAAAAUCCUGUCAUCCAGGAUUAUUAAGAAGGAAAUUCCUGGGGGAGUGACAAUGGAAGUAGAGGAAUUUUUUGUUAAAUACAAAAACUACUCAUACCUUCAUUGUGAAUGGGCCACGGAACAACAGCUUCUAAAGGAUAAAAGGAUCCAGCAGAAAAUCAAACGCUUCAAGCUGAGGCAAGCACAGAGAGCCCAUUUUUUUGCAGAUAUGGAAGAAGAGCCUUUUAAUCCUGAUUAUAUUGAAGUCGAUCGGGUGUUAGAAGUAUCCUUUUGUGAAGAUAAGGACACUGGUGAGCCUGUCACUUACUACUUAGUAAAAUGGUGCUCAUUGCCAUAUGAAGACAGCACAUGGGAAUUAAAGGAAGAUGUAGAUCAAGGAAAAAUAGAAGAGUUUGAACAGCUGCAAGCUUUAAGGCCUGAUUCGAGGCGACUGGACCGGCCUCCUCCUAAUUCAUGGAAGAAAAUAGAAUUGUCCAGGGAAUAUAAAAAUGGCAACCAACUCAGGGAAUACCAGUUGGAAGGGCUCAACUGGCUCCUUUUCAACUGGUAUAACAGACAAAACUGCAUUUUAGCCGAUGAAAUGGGCCUUGGCAAAACCAUCCAGUCAAUAACAUUCCUCUUUGAAAUUCUCCUGACUGGUAUAAGAGGACCUUUCUUGAUCAUUGCUCCACUUUCCACCAUAGCCAACUGGGAAAGAGAGUUCCGCACGUGGACUGAUCUUAAUGUGGUGGUGUAUCAUGGGAGCAUGAUCAGUAGGCAGAUGAUACAGCAGUAUGAGAUGUAUUUCAGGGAUUCACAGGGUCGCAUCAUUAGAGGGACAUACAAGUUCCAGGCCAUAAUUACCACAUUUGAAAUGAUUCUUGGUGGCUGUCCAGAACUCAAUGCUAUUGAAUGGCGCUGUGUCAUUAUUGAUGAAGCACAUAGAUUGAAGAAUAAAAACUGCAAACUUCUAGAAGGACUGAAACUCAUGAAUCUUGAGCACAAAGUGCUGUUGACAGGCACCCCACUUCAAAACACAGUGGAAGAGCUUUUUAGCCUUCUUCAUUUCCUCGAGCCUCUUCGUUUUCCAGCAGAAUCGACAUUCAUGCAGGAAUUUGGAGACCUUAAAACAGAGGAGCAGGUACAAAAGCUGCAAGCUAUCCUGAAACCAAUGAUGCUGAGAAGAUUAAAAGAAGAUGUAGAAAAGAAGUUAGCUCCCAAAGAAGAAACUAUUAUUGAAGUGGAGCUCACAAAUAUCCAGAAGAAGUAUUAUCGAGCUAUUCUAGAGAAAAACUUUGCAUUUUUGUCAAAAGGAGCUGGGCAAGCUAAUGUCCCCAACUUAGUUAACACUAUGAUGGAACUCAGGAAAUGCUGCAAUCAUCCCUAUCUUAUUAAAGGUGCUGAGGAAAAGAUCUUAGGAGAAUUUAGAGAGACCUACAGUCCAUCUGCUCCCGAUUUCCACCUGCAAGCAAUGAUCCAGUCUGCUGGGAAACUGGUCCUUAUCGAUAAACUUCUUCCAAAAAUGAAAGCAGGGGGCCAUAAGGUGCUUAUCUUCUCUCAGAUGGUUCGCUGCCUCGAUAUCCUUGAAGAUUAUCUUAUACAUAAAAGGUAUCUGUAUGAGCGAAUUGAUGGACGAGUAAGAGGAAACUUACGCCAGGCUGCCAUUGACAGAUUUAGCAAGCCAGACUCGGAUCGGUUUGUUUUCCUUCUGUGUACCAGAGCUGGAGGACUGGGCAUUAACUUAACUGCAGCCGAUACGUGUAUAAUUUUUGAUUCUGACUGGAAUCCUCAGAAUGAUUUGCAGGCCCAAGCUCGAUGCCAUAGGAUUGGUCAAAACAAAGCAGUGAAAGUCUACAGAUUGAUAACUAGGAAUUCGUAUGAAAGAGAAAUGUUUGACAGAGCGAGUCUGAAGCUUGGCCUCGAUAAAGCUGUCUUACAGAGCAUGAGCGGAAGAGAAAAUAGUGUUGGUGGUAUCCAACAACUUUCCAAAAAAGAAAUUGAGGAUUUGCUUCGAAGAGGUGCAUAUGGUGCCAUUAUGGAUGAAGAAGAUGAAGGCUCUAAAUUCUGUGAAGAAGAUAUAGAUCAAAUAUUGCAGCGUCGUACAAAAACGAUCACAAUUGAAUCUGAAGGAAGGGGUUCUACAUUUGCUAAGGCUAGUUUCGUUGCAUCUGGAAAUAGGACAGACAUUUCCUUAGAUGAUCCCAACUUCUGGCAGAAGUGGGCCAAAAAGGCAGAAAUAGACAUAGACACCAUCAGUGGUAGAAAUAGCCUGGUUAUUGACACUCCCAGAAUCCGAAAGCAGACAAGGCCUUUCAGUGCCACAAAGGAUGAACUCGCUGAGUUAUCAGACAUUGAAAGCGAAGGGGAUGAUAAACCAAAACUUCGCAGGCCUUACGAUCGCGCCAAUGGAUAUGGAAGAACAGAAUGCUUUAGGGUGGAGAAAAAUCUGCUAGUUUAUGGGUGGGGUCGUUGGAGAGAGAUUUUAUCACAUGGGCGCUUCAAGAGACAACUGAAUGAGCAGGAUGUGGAGAUAAUUUGCCGAGCUCUCCUAGCAUAUUGCCUUGUUCAUUACAGAGGAGAUGAAAAGAUUAAAAGUUUCAUAUGGGACCUAAUUACACCAACUGAGGAUGGGCAAACUCGAGAGCUACAGAAUCAUCUAGGUUUGUCAGCCCCAGUCCCACGGGGUCGAAAAGGAAAGAAAGUUAAGACGCAAGCCAGCACAUUUGAUAUACAUAAAGCAGAAUGGCUACGAAAGUAUAAUCCAGAGCAUUUGUUGCAAGAUGAUGGCUAUAAAAAACACAUAAAACACCACUGCAACAAGGUCUUACUUCGAGUAAGAAUGCUGUAUUACUUGAAACAAGAAGUCAUUGGUAAUGAAUGCCAAAAGGUUUUUGAUGGGAUUGAUGCCAGUGAGAUUGAUCUAUGGAUCCCCGAGCCAGAUCAUUCUGAGGUGCCAGCAGAGUGGUGGGAUACAGAAGCUGACAAGUCUCUAUUAAUAGGAGUUUUUAAACACGGUUACGAAAAGUACAACACAAUCAGAGCAGAUGCUGCCCUCUGCUUCUUGGAAAGAGUGGGGAAGCCUGAUGACAAAGCAGUUGCCGCUGAACAGAGAGCAAAUGAUUAUAUUGAUGGGGAUGUAGAAGAUCCGGAGUACAAACCAACCCCAGCAAUGUUUAAAGACGAUAUGGAGGAUGAUGUAUCAUCACCGGGAGAUCUCAUAAUAGCAGAUGGAGAUGGUCAUAUGACUGAAGGGGACAAGCUUUAUUGGCCAACGCAGUCUGCCCUAACAACGCGUUUGCGUCGCCUAAUAACAGCGUACCAGCGUACCAGUAAAAACAGGCAAACCCAGCAAAUUCAACCUGCAUUUCCAGUUCAAACCUGUGUGAUGCAGACUCCAUAUGAAGAAGCUGCUUUGAAUCCAAAAAUGGCUGCCAAAAUUGAAAGACAACAAAGAUGGACAAGAAGAGAAGAAGCUGAUUUCUACAGAGUGGUUUCAACUUUUGGAGUAGUGUUUGAUCCUGACAGAGCCCAAUUUGACUGGACAAAAUUUAGAGCUAUGGCUAGACUACAUAAGAAAACGGAUGAGAGUUUAGAGAAGUACUUUUAUGCCUUCAUGGCCAUGUGCAGAAGAGUCUGUCGCCUCCCUUCAAAAGAUGAACUUGUGGACCCAAAUAUUUUCAUCCAACCAAUCACAGAGGAACGUGCAUCUCGAACCUUGUAUCGAAUCGAACUUCUCAGGAAGGUACGAGAACAGGCUGUCCGUCAUCCACAAGUAUUUGAGCGGUUAAAACUUUGUCAGCCAAACCCAGACUUGCCUCUCUGGUGGGAGUGUGGGACACACGACUGGGAUUUACUCAUUGGAGCUGCAAAACAUGGGGUUAGCAGGACAGAUUACCACAUCCUUCGAGAUCCUGAACUUUCCUUUAUGUCAGCCCAGAGGAACUACAGUCACAAUAAAGUUGCACUUUCAAGGGCUCCUACUCCGCUCCUGCACCAGUAUCAGAUGGCGCUGUCUGCUCCUCCUCUCACGCCUCAGACAAGACUGAUAGAUAUUAAAGGAAGCACACUUGAGGAUACAAAACUUAAGAAUGAGAACCAUAAGGAAGAAGCCCAUUCUUCGGGAGAAGAGUCUAUGUCUACUGAGGAUGUGCGGACAGGAGUAAAGACUGAACCUUUGAGCCCAAAGAAUGGCACAGCAUCACAACCAAUGGACCACAAACCGGUGGUGAAGGCUGAUAGUGAUCGGCGUAUGGUUGCGGCAAGGACAGAACCACUAACUCCCAAUGCUGCUUCCAAAAAACAGAGGCCAAUCAAGAGAGGAUCGGAAUCCAGCUCCGAUUCCGACUCUGAUUCCGACAGAUCAUCCUGUUCUUCCAGAUCCUCUUCGUCUUCGUCAUCCUCAUCUUCCUCUUGCUCACGUUCCAGAUCAGGAUCCAGCUCUUCAUCCUCCUCUUCUUGUUCUUCUGCAUCAUCGUCAUCGUCCUCUUCCUCUUCUUCGUCAUCGUCAUCAUCUUCGUCUUCAUCAGAAGAGAGCGAUAGUGAUGAGGAAGAGGCACAAAAGAGACCAGAAGGAACUCCUCACUUAAAAGCAUAUGAUGAAGAGAGUGUAGCUUCCCUAAGUACUGUGCAGGAUGAAACCCAGGACAGUUUCCAAAUGAAUAAUGGAACACCAAAUUCUAACUGUAUUUUACAUGGUGGCUAUAUGUUGGCGGCUUCCUACUGGCCCAAGGAUCGAGUUAUCAUUAACCGCCUGGAUAGUAUUUGUCAAACAGUCUUGAAAGGUAAAUGGCCUUCUGCAAGGAGAGGUUACGACAGCAAUACUGUAGCUUCCUUCUAUACCACCAAGCUUCUAGACAGUCCAGGUGCUGCUGCAGAGUACAGUGAGCCCAGUGUACCAACCCCUCCCAACGCAGAUGUUAAAGAAGAAAAUGAUCAGUCACCACAGAUGUCAAAGGUGAAGACGCAUGUACGGGAAAAGGAGUUUACAGUGAAAAUCAAUGACGAAGGUGGUUUGAAAUUGAUUUUUCAGAAACAGGGGCUUUGUCAGAAAAGGCCAUUUGAACCUGAAGAUGGUACAUUAGGACAGCAGCAGUACCUUGCCAGGCUACACGAACUCCAGAAUGCGUCAGAGACCUGCCUUGCGAAUUUUCCAAAGUCUCUGCCAGAAUCAGGAACUUCCACCCAAUCAACAGCCAGUGCAAAUGGAGUAAUAGUUGAUGACCAGCCUGUAUUAAAAAAGAGGAGAGGAAGGAGAAGGAAUGUGGAAGGAGUUGAUACUUUGUUUAUAAACCAAAACAAAGCACCUAACCAUGUUUGUCAUGGCAUUAAUGCCCCUCAGAUUGCUCCGGGAAUGAACCUAGCACUUCCGUAUGUACAGGCUCAAGGCCUGUGUGAUGCAGAAAGUCCAGUUCCAGUUAUUAACUUGAAAGAUGGAACUAGACUUGCAGGUGAUGAUGCUCCCAAAAGAAAAGAUUUGGAAAAAUGGCUUAAUGAACAUCCUGGAUAUGUUGAAGAUUUAGGGGCUUUUAUUCCUAAAAUGCAGCUUCACGAGGGGAGACCCAAACAAAAAAGGCACCGGUGCCGCAAUCCUAAUAAGCUGGACAUUAAUAGCCUUACGGGGGAAGAACGUGUUCAACUGAUCAAUAGGAGAAAUGCUAGAAAGGUAGGAGGUGCGUUUGCUCCCCCACUGAAAGAUCUGUGCAGAUUCCUGAAAGAGAAUUCUGAAUAUGGAGUCGCUCCUGAAUGGGCCGAUGUUGUAAAACAAUCUGGAUUUCUUCCAGAAAGCAUGUUUGACCGUAUUCUCACAGGGCCUGUUGUACGAGAAGAAGUGAGCCGGAGGGGGAGAAGGCCUAAAAGUGAGACGGCCAAGGCGGCAGCUGCUUCUGUCACAGCAGCAAACAUACCAGUCAACCCUUUGCUAGCCAAUGGGCUACUCCCAGGAGUGGAUCUGUCAACUCUCCAGGCCUUACAGCAAAACCUGCAAAAUUUUCAGUCCUUACAAGUGACAGCAGGCUUAAUGGGGAUGCCCGCGGGCCUGAGCACUGCUGGAGAGGGGAAAAACAUGGCUGCUGUAUUUCCCAUGCUGCUUUCAGGAAUGGCUGGCUUACCAAAUUUGCUAGGAAUGGGAGGACUCCUAACAAAAUCGACAGAAUCUGUUUCUGAGGAGAAAAAGGGAAAUGACUCCAGAGAGCCUGAUCCGAAAAAAGAGAGGACAGAAAGCCAGAACACGCCCAACGGUGGAGAAAACUCUGUGUCUGGGUCUCCUUCUACAUCGUCGGCUGCAGCUGCCAGUCCCUUAGCUCUUAACCCCUUACUGUUGUCCAAUAUACUUUAUCCAGGGAUGCUUCUCACUCCAGGCCUUAAUCUCCAUAUCCCAGCUUUAUCCCAAUCGAAUAUUUUUGAUGUACAGAACAAUGAAAACAAUGGCACAGGCUUCGCGAAGCCUACAGAAGAAAAGGAGGAACAUUCUCGGGUUCAAGAUCAAGAAGACGCAAGGGGAACAGAGCCUAGCUCUCGCAACGAGAACAGCACAGACGAGGGUUCAGAGAAAGCUGACGCUUCCUCGGGAUCAGACAGUACGUCGUCCUCAUCUGAGGAUUCAGAUUCUAGUGAUGAAGACUGACCCCCCCACCUCCAAGACUUUGCACUUAAAUUAUAAACUGAUUUUUGAAUUUAUUCUUUAAUUACUUUGCUGUAAAUAACCCAGUGUUGAGUGAGUGCAUCAAUAAUUUACUGACCGAACAUUUCAGUAUUUGUUUAGAAGUGCAAAUUGCUUUCAAAGACGUUUUGCAUGUAAUAUUUCUUGAAGUUCAUACAUUUCUGAACUUGUAUGUACUAUCAGAUACACAAUUGUGUAAAAAGAAUUACAGCAAAAGGCAUUAUAAUUUUUGGUUGGGGGGGUUAAUUUUUUUUAAAAAAUGCAUAGUGAGAGCUGUAUAUUUAAUAUAUUUGCAGUGAACACGAUUCUUUAUGUGCAUUAUUGAUUUAAUCUGAAUAUAGUUUUACAGCCUCCUUGACACUUAUAAUUUACAGAUCAAAACUCAGCAAUAAUUUGGGCAGCUAAUGAAUGUCAUGAAAGCUGUAGAAUCUACAUCACCAUCCAUUGCUUUAAUUUACAUGAAAAUGCUCUAGUGUUGUGAUGCACUGCUGAUGUUUCCAAUUCAGGUACAACUAUGUUUAAAAGAAAAUUUUCCCAUUCAGCCAAUAAAAUUGGCUACUUGUUACCUCAGCUGAGUUAGUUUAGGAAGUUUACAUUAGUUUCUCUAUUUGUUUUCAUAUUCUGCUUUGCUUUCUAAAGGCAUCCUGUGUAUGUUUAUUGGGCAAGGGAAAUAACCAUUACCAGUUGCACUCUUCAGUAGCAAAGGGAAUUUUGACACACAGAAAAAUCCCUUUCCUAGGUAUCUUUAACACAAUGAAUACCGAUUUUAUUCUAAAAACAAUUGCUCCUUCUACAGCCUUCAUGUUGUUGAGGAGCUGUAUCUGUAAGCUGAAAUGACUUAAAAGUGCCACUUUCAACACAGCAUACUUCAUGUAUAAGGAUUUGGUCCUUGUGAAAAUGGCUUGAUUACUUUGUUUGUCUAGAUUUCUAUUUUGUGUUUGUUUAUUUCAUGUAACCUCCUGUAGUUACCAGUUAAUAAUGGUAAGGGGAAAUGUAGACAUGUUUAAAACGUUCAUAUUUCUCUACAGGUUUGAAUCGAACUAUAAAGAAAAAUGUUACCCCAAAUCAAGGUUUAGGGUAUCGUCAGUUAAUUAUAAUUAACACUGCGUUGCCCAAGAAGUUAAAGCACUUUCAAUGAUAAUGUGAGAAAAUGUAUACCAUGAAACCAUGAUAGUUACAGUGCUUAAAAAGCAUCUGUUUAAAUACAGAUCCUUAGAAUCUUGCUACAUAAAAUCAACAUUUGGUGCGUGAUAUGAUUCCUUGCUCUGCUGAAGCUGCUAUUACUCUUGUUAUGGUAGAAUUACAAAUUCACACCAUACAGUGGAACUAACUGAGAUUAGGUAUGAGAUUGUAUUCAUCUCACCUUGUGGUCCAAGAAUAGCUAAAUAUUUAUCGAACAUAUAAAAAUACUGGUUGACAGUCAAUGACAAACCUUUUCCAAAAGGGAAUAAUUUAACAAAAUCUGUAUUUUGAUAUGGUUCUGUUGCUUGCUUGUACAGUAAAAAUACUGUGUUGUUUUUUUUUACCGAGAACUUUACCAAUAAAAAUAAAGUUUGUACAUGCAAAAUAAUUAACCCCCUUGACUAGAAAGCAGUAUUACAUGUAAUUACACUAUAAAGUAUGAUUUGGAUUGUGCUGGUUAUCGUAUUCCCCUUCCCCACUUCCUUGAAUAGUAUGACUUGUUUGGCUCUUCAUACAGUGUCUUAGCAAUAGUCAAAACAUGCCACAAGAAAAGGGGUAGCAAUUCUUCAUAAUGAAAGGAUGUAUUACAUAGUUAAUAUUUUGCCCUUUGUAAUAUAGCACUUUUGUUUAUCUUGUAUGUAUCCAUGAUAUAGCCAAAGUUUUCCAAACACAGUUGUUGACUUAGUCAAUUGAGUAUUUCAACAAUAUCAUCACUUUGCACCAUCAUCCCUACAUACUCCCCCCCAGAAGAAAUCCUAAACAUAAUUUUUAAUAAAUUUAUGAAAUAAAGUAUUUUCCUAAUUAUGGUCAAGUGAAUUUGCUUACCAUUCUAGUGAACUUCUUUCUCUGUAAUAAGGCAAUUUUACAGUUACAGUGUGUGGCUGAUACAGAUUUGAAUAUGAAGUAAAGUUUUGUUUUGGUUGUUUUUUUAAAAUCGGUAUCGGUCAACGUACGAGAAAUAUGUAGCUCUGUCAGUUAAACAAUAUGCAAGUAUGGCUGCGUAAAUUUGAGGGUUAUAAGGAGCCUUCAUCAGAAUUUCAUUACUGUUGAAAUUUCAGUACAAAAGAUAUCCGAGAUGGUGAAGAAGUGUACGUGGAUAGUGACUAAAAGAACAUUUGCUGUUUAUUGCCUUGUAUUUCUAUCCCUUGUUUCAGCCUUCAUGAUCCGUCUUAGUCCUGUUUUUUUCUUUCGGAUAUUUUGCAAUAUUUGCCAGUUGUGUUCUGUGUAGUCUGAAUUUGCUUUCUUGUAGUUGGAAAAGCGUCUUAAAAGUCAUUUGUAAUUUAUUGAAUUACUUUCUAUGAUGUUCUAUAGAGCAAAUGGAAGUUUAAUUAUUUUUUAUUAAACAUAUUCUUUGACAACCUA